GUCAUGAUAAAAAAGAAGAAUCUAAAUUGUUUCAAACUUGUAAUUCAUGUCGUGGCUCAAAUAAAUCCGCCCAACAACAAAAACGUAAAAAAGAACUUGAAGAUCGGGAUCAAGAUAUUACUUGA